AUGGCCCCCAGUUCUAUUUCCAUGGAUAUCCUCACACCCAAAGAGAAAAACAGACUAAGGAAGCCAGUGGUGGAGAAGAUGCGCCGGGACCGCAUCAACAGCAGCAUCGAGCAGCUAAAGCUCUUGCUAGAGAAGGAGUUCCAGAGACAUCAGCCCAACUCGAAGCUGGAGAAGGCUGACAUCCUGGAGAUGACCGUCAGCUACCUGAAACACAGUAAAGCUUUUGCGUCCUGCCCCAAGAGCUUACAACAGGACUACAGUGAAGGCUACUCUUGGUGUCUCAAAGAAGCGGUCCAGUUCCUGACCUUGCACUCGGCCAACACAGAUACCCAGAUGAAGCUGCUUUAUCAUUUCCAGAGGCCGCAGGCAUCUCUGACAGCUAUUCAAGACUUGAAACCUCCUUCCUCCUCUCCGUUGUCCCCUGCUGCCUCGACCAAGCCAGCGCCUGGACAGUCACCUUCUGGCAGUAGUCUCUGGCGGCCCUGGUAGGACCAGGAGGACUCUGAAUGCUGGGGACCCAUGCUUAUUUGAUCCAGAGGAAAAUCCGGACUUGCUUUCCAAGUCCCUGGCUCCUCUAGAAUGUAGAGCAAAAUGCUUUCUCCCUUUCCUUUAC